UCUCCAGCCCACACUAAUUUUCUAGUCGCUGGCUCCGUUCGCAGGUUUUAUCUUUAUUCCAGCUUCUUCACCUCUGCGGCCUACAGACACCAGAACUCCCAGCUGCCAAAGAACCGCAUUCUGACAAAAUGGUACAACGCAAAGACCUUUCCGACCCGAGUCCACACCCGAUGCGCAAGAAUUUUUCAGAGGCGCUUCCGCAGUAGUGCAUUAUGGGUUAUGUAGUCCUGGACCGAUCACUUCGUCUUUGCAGACUUGUAGUCUUCAAUCAGGUAACAAGAAAGGAUUGGUCAGAACAGUCCUAAAGAGGGGAAGAGUGACCUACGAAAACACUCGGCUUCAAAGCCGUCAGGCCUGUCCGUCAGCAGAAGCGGAAGUAGGUAUAAGGCGGGUCGGAGAAAGGCGUGAUGACGUUGCAGCGAUGCGAGCGUGAGGAUUUGGCGGGAUUUCUGAAAGUCGCGCGCCCAUCGCGUAUCUGCGCCUGGGCAAAGCUGAGGCGUUCCCAGAAGUGUGGUUAGGAGGACUGAAACUUUCAUAGAAGAACUGACAGGAGCUGCGAAGUGUGUUUGAGCCGGGUGACGGGAGUGAGCGUGGUGUGUGCAGAACCGACUGCCGGAAGGAGCAAGCGGCCCACGGCUGCGAGACAGUAAUGGCUAUGCAAAUGCAGCUUGAAGCAAAUGCAGAUACUUCAGUGGAAGAAGAAAGCUUUGGUCCACAGCCUAUUUCGAGGUUAGAGCAAUGUGGCAUAAAUGCCAAUGAUGUGAAGAAAUUAGAAGAAGCUGGUUACCACACGGUGGAGGCUGUUGCUUAUGCACCAAAGAAGGAACUGAUAAAUAUUAAAGGAAUUAGUGAAGCCAAAGCUGACAAAAUCCUGGCUGAGGCAGCGAAAUUAGUUCCAAUGGGUUUCACCACUGCAACCGAAUUUCACCAACGCCGGUCAGAAAUCAUCCAGAUUACUACUGGCUCCAAAGAGCUGGACAAACUACUUCAAGGUGGAAUUGAGACUGGGUCUAUCACAGAGAUGUUUGGAGAAUUCCGAACUGGGAAGACACAGAUCUGUCAUACAUUGGCUGUAACAUGCCAGCUCCCCAUUGACCGAGGUGGAGGUGAAGGGAAGGCAAUGUACAUUGACACCGAGGGCACCUUUAGGCCGGAGCGGCUGCUGGCGGUAGCUGAGAGAUACGGCCUCUCUGGAAGUGACGUCCUCGAUAAUGUAGCAUACGCUCGAGGGUUCAACACAGACCACCAGACCCAGCUCCUUUACCAAGCGUCAGCCAUGAUGGUAGAAUCCAGGUAUGCACUGCUUAUUGUAGACAGUGCUACUGCCCUUUACAGAACAGACUACUCAGGUCGGGGAGAGCUUUCAGCCAGGCAAAUGCAUUUGGCCAGAUUUCUAAGGAUGCUGCUUCGACUUGCUGAUGAGUUUGGUGUAGCAGUGGUAAUCACCAACCAGGUGGUAGCCCAAGUGGAUGGAGCAGCCAUGUUUGCUGCAGAUCCGAAAAAACCCAUUGGAGGAAACAUCAUCGCUCAUGCAUCAACCACCAGGCUAUACCUGAGGAAAGGAAGAGGGGAAACCAGAAUCUGCAAAAUCUACGACUCUCCCUGUCUUCCUGAAGCUGAAGCUAUGUUUGCCAUUAAUGCAGAUGGCGUGGGAGAUGCCAGAGACUGA